AUGGCUUGUUUUCUGACUACGCUCCUUUCUACUGCUCUGUACCUUGCUGCCUGCCUGUCCUGGUACCUCACUGCUCGACUGUUACAGAUCCAGCUUGUUUUGGACUUCGCUGCUACCGGCACUCAUGCCUCUCCUGCACUAGCACCUAUUCCACCUCCAGGGGUUCUUGGUCUUGAGCUACAGAACUGUCAGGUUCUGGAAAGGAAAUAUUUUGCACAGUUUAUGGAUCUGCAUUUCGACAGAUGCGAGGAGUUUGAGGAAUUACAUUUUUCCAUUGCAGUCCAUUGUGACGGGGUGGCAAAUCUUAAUGUGGCACUCAAAGAAGUUCCACUGGAAACAGAUUGGCUUUGUCUAACUGAUUAUCGGGGAGUCACAAUGGAAACUGAUAUGUUCUCUCGAUUCACAAGCUUGAAUGCUCUCUAUAUAGAAACAAGGAACGUUGAAUUCCAACCUGGUACCUUCAGUGGUCUUUCUCAACUAACUACUCUCAGGAUCGGGGCAAAAUCUGAGCUAAAUAACAUCACAUUCCAUAAGGAUACUUUUUAUGGAUUAAAUUCACUGCAAGAACUAAAAAUAUCUUAUAUACAGUUCUCAGCAUUCAACUUUUCGGUAUUCAACCAUCUUCAUCUUUUGGACCAUCUUUUUUUGGAGGAGAACAAUAUCACUUAUCUAUCUGCAGUAACUGCAUCACUGGGAACACUGACAAACUUAAAAAAACUGUCUGUAAUUGGCAAUAAGAUUGCGAAACUUAGAAGAGCUGAUUGUCUUACUUCACAAAAUCCUAUAAGUUAUGGACAGUUUGUAGAUUUUAACAUCAGCCAUCUUGACCUGAGCGCAAACGUAUUUUCCGUAAUUGAACAAAAGUCUCUCUGCAACUUUCCACACCUGGAGCUUUUCACUCUUGGAAAAAGUGGCAUUGAAAUGGAAAACGUUUAUAAAUCUGGUAUUAAGACAAUUAAAACAAUUUCAUUACAAAACAAUGGACUUUAUACAUUUCAAAUCUGUGCUUACGCAUCUCAUUUUAAAGCAGAGGAACUUCUCCUUAUGUUUUCUGCCAUAUAUGAAAUUAACACUUUCAAAGGCUCAUGUAAGUACUUAAAGAAGUUAAAUUUAACAGGCAAUGCAUUAGAAAAGAUUGGGGUACAACAAAUGCAAAAAUUAGAUGAUUUACUGGAUCUGGAUUUAUCAAAGAAUAAUAUAGAAAGUUUAAAGACUUGCACAAAUGAAUCCUCGCCAACAUUGAAGCUAAUUUACCUAAAUGUGUCUUCUAAUUAUUUAACUAGGCUACAAAAGGGACAGUUUGCAUGCUUAAAGGAACUUAAGAGCUUAUCACUGGAAAACAACAAAAUUAACCACAUUGAUGACUUGGCCUUUGAUGGUUUAGAUGAAUUGCAGCUUUUGAAUCUUCAAUCUAACAAUCUGUUCAGUAUUGGUGAAUUCACAUUGUCAAAUUUGUUUUUGUGGAGCCCAUUUGUCAAUUUUACAAAACUUGAAAAACUAUAUUACUCUGGAAAUCCAGAGGACAUUUCUAAUUUUAGUGCUAUCAUUAACUCGCUGAAUUACUUACCAUCAUUAAAGUUCCUUUAUUUGCACGAUACUAAUAACAUCAUUAAAUACAAUCAAAUAAAUGUUAACACAAUUUUUCAAAACUUAUCACAUCUCAAAUUGUUACAUUUAAAGAAUUCUGGAAUAGAUCAUUUGAAUUCCAAGGUUAUUUUUAGUGAUUUAUAUGAUCUGGAGUUUCUCAUCAUUGAAAAUCAGAACAUGCAAGAGGUAGACUCAGUUGUAUUUGAUUCAAUGCCAAACUUGAAGUACAUUUAUUUUUUGCAAACAACUUUUCCCUGUAGUUGUCAUUUCAAAGGGUUAGUCUCAUGGCUGGAAUCUAACACACAUGUGUCUGUCAUUGACUUUCAUAAUCAAGGAUGUCUCAUCAACCACAUCAGCAUGAAUUUAAUAUUUUUCUUAAACAACAAUUGCCAGAGUGAUUUGGAUUUUAUAAUGUUCCUACUGAGCUUUUUGUGCACACUGCUGUUUAUGUGCAUAUCCCUCUUCUAUGAAAGUAUCUGGUGGUAUAUUCUCUACAUAGUCUACACCAUUAAAUGCUGGCUGAACCACAGGCUACAACACAAAGGCAAUUAUGAAUAUGAUGUUUUUGUGUCCUACAACACAAACAAUGAACAAUGGGUCACAGAGCAGCUUCUUCCGAACCUGGAGCAGAAUGGCGCUCCUUUCUUCAAAGUGUGUAUCCAUAACCGGGAUUUUGAAAUCGGCAAAGACAUUGUAGAGAACAUCAUGGACAGUAUUUAUAACAGCAGAUGGACAGUGUGUAUAAUUACUCACAGUUACUUGCAAAGUAACUGGUGUUCCCUUGAGAUGAGGAUGGCAACUUACAGGCUACUAACAGAAAGUAAGGAUUCUUUAAUUCUAAUAUUCCUUGAUAAGAUCUCUAGAGAAGAGCUGCAUUAUUACCAUAGACUGACUAAAGUACUGAAUAAGAAGACUUAUCUGGACUGGCCAGAUGAUGAGAAAGGACAGCAGCUUUUUUGGGCAAGACUACGUAAAGUCAUUGCUAAGUCUGGUAGAAAGUGCCAAUAA